GUUGGCUUACGAAGAGAGUUUGCUCUGGGAGGCCCAGGCAAGAGGGGCUUGGAGGAAGAAGAUGGGCAGAGCUGCUUAUACGAAAUUCCUUCUUCAAAUCCUGAACUGUCCAUGAAGUCAGUAGGUGGUCUCUAAGCAACCCAACGCCUUCCACCCUCAGUGGCUUAACAGGGCUGUUUCUACUGCAGAUUAGAAUGCAGAAAGCUCUUUAAAGUUGGUUUUUGGAGACCUGAUUUGUCCUGCAGUAAGGAACUACAGCUUCUGAACUUGAUCGUGACAGCUCUUCAUCAUGUACUGGAUCCGCCCCCUCCUCACUAGGGUUUCCCGCAAGAACCCGCGCCUCGCGAUAAGGUUUUCUGUUCUAAGGGCCUUCUCUGUUCAUCUACAAAAUCAGGUCACUGAAGAAGCAGCAAAUCAGCCAUCACACCAACUGCAAGCCGAAGCGGGGAAGACAAAUCUCAUUCUCAAAACUCCCAAGGGCACCAGGGAUUUUAGCCCCAAGCAGAUGGCCAUCCGGGAGGAGAUCUUCGGCACCAUCAUCAGCUGCUUCAAGCGUCACGGAGCGGUCACGAUAGACACCCCUGUGUUUGAGCUGAGGGACCUGUUGCUGGACGGUCAUUGGGAGGAGUCGAAGCUGGUGUAUGACCUGAAAGAUCAAGGCGGCGAGAUGCUGUCUCUUCGCUAUGACUUGACUGUGCCAUUUGCCCGAUAUUUGGCUAUGAACAAAAUCACCAAUUUUAAGCGGUACCAUAUUGCCAAAGUCUACAGGCGUGACAAUCCGUCCAUAUCAAAAGGGCGCUACCGGGAGUUCUACCAGUGUGAUUUUGACAUUGCUGGCCAAUACGAUCCAAUGAUCCCUGAUGCAGAGUGCCUGAAAAUCAUGCAUGAGAUCUUGAGUGCCUUGCAGUGUGGAGAGUUCCUUAUCAAAAUUAAUGACAGACGCAUUUUGAAGGGGAUCUUUGACACAUGUGGUGUUUCUGAUGCUCGGUUUGAAGCAGCUUGCUCCUCUCUCGACAAACUGGGCAAGAUGAGCUGGGAGGAAGUGAAAACGGAGAUGGUUCACGAGAGGGGGAUUCUGCCUGAGGCUGCAGAGAUUAUCGGCCACUACGUUCAGCUCUCUGGGGGAGAGCGUCUGAUUCAUCAGCUCUGCCAGGAUCCAAAGCUGUCCAAGAGUCAGCAGGCCGUGGAAGGGCUGGAGGAGAUGAAGCUGCUCUUUGAGUAUCUGACCUUGUUCGGCGUCAGAGACCAGGUCUCCUUGGACUUGAGUCUGGCUCGCGGCCUAGAUUACUACAGCGGGGUGAUCUACGAGGCUGUCCUGCUGCGCCAGCCGAACGGCCACUGCAAGGAGCAUCCCCCCGUGGACAGCGUGGCUGGAGGUGGGCGCUACGAUGGGCUGGUGGCAACGUUUGAUCCAAAGGGGCAAAAGGUGCCCUGCGUAGGAGUCAGCAUCGGUGUGGAAAGGCUCUUCUCCGUCAUCGAGCAGAAGCUUGAGAUGUCCAAGGAGAAGAUCCGCAUGAAGGAGACACAAGUGCUGGUGGCAACUGCUCAGAGGAAUUUCCUCACUGAGAGAAUGAAGCUCAUCAAUGCACUCUGGGGUGCCGGCAUCAAGGCAGAAAUGUCCUAUAAGAAGAACCCCAAGCUACUGAACCAGUUGCAGUAUUGUGAGGAAACCGGAAUCCCGCUUGUAGUCAUCAUUGGACAGCAGGAGAUGAACGACGGAGUGGUCAAACUGCGGGAUGUUGCCACAAGAAAAGAGAUUGAUAUUCCCAAGGAAAACUUCAUAGAGGAGAUCAAGAAAAGACUGGAGAAAUAAUUCUUCAUUUUAUAUUUUAUCUGGGCAGUCGUGUGCCGGUCCAGGUAUCCACCUGGAGUUAUUCAUUAGUGUUUAAGGGACUAAAUUUGCAAUCAGUGGUGUCUGGACUUUUGCACUGUGACCAGGCACAUUUUUCCAAAGGAACCCUGGUCUCCAGAAACAGGUUAACUCUGCUAUUUAUCAUUGAGAAUUGUGUUUACUGGCCAUAUUGGCUUUCAUGAAAAGUUAGCCUGUUCUUCUGGAUAUUGUAGCUCUCUAGGAGUUAUUAAGGUAUCCAAAUUAGGGUAUCCAAACUAAUAAAGAUGCCUCAAGAUCCUUCCUUUUCCCCCUA